AUGGCCUUGAAAAAGAAAAAAACGCCGAAGUUGGAAAAAGAACAAUUGUACAUGCUUGAAAUUCUCGUUGAUUGUUUAAAUCUAUGUCCUGAGAAGAUUAUUAAUAACGAAGAGCACGAUUUGAUGAUACGUGUAAGCUUCAUCGAUUUCACGUCUGUCGAUAUCAUCGCCGAGCAAUUGGCCGAGCUCAAAGGCAAAGAAAGUAAGAACAAAAAAAGACGAUUCUCCGAUGAGUACAUCAACUACGAGGGUAAGACGUGUCUGUUCGUUCGAACGCCGAGUAAUUUAAUACGAUCUAUAAAAUCGACUCCUCUGAGCGUCGAAGUGUAUCGAAAUCUUCGCGAAGAGGAUCGUAACUUGCAAGAUAACGUCGGCCAGGUUCUUAUCUGCGCGGCAACGGCAUUUCUGCCGGUAUAUUUCUGCGAUCGCGUAACCGCGGCCAAGGACAAGAUAGACGGACUACCGAAACCGUAUACGCUGAUGCAGGUUUACACCUUGACCAACGAACAAGGACAUCCUUGCGGAUCUAUCUCGAUGUAUUUGAGACUGUCGUGUUUCGGAAGCUCCAUUAUCAAUCAUCUUACGCUUCAUGAAAAGUCGUUUGUGUUUCGGGGAUUUCCUCUCGGUGCGAAAUUUCGUUGCGCGAGACUCUCCGAUGAAAAUAUAAGCGAUGAGAAAGAUAGGACGAAACGCAACGAUAACACGUUCUUACUAUUGAGUAAGAUUUUAGAUCCCGCAUAUUCGAAAUUACAUGACGGAAAAGAUAUAGAUACAGAUGCGCGUUUCGCGUUGACGAGACCAGAAUCGCCGCCUCGUAUAUCAAUGGACCAACCGGGAUUCGAAAAGCUCACGAGCGCUGAAAAACUAAACGACCGCAAGUAUCGCGGUUUCAUUUACGAGAUAUAUCCGAACGAGCCUACUUGUUCGUGUCUACCGACAAAUAGAUCGACGCAUCCUAUGAUAUGUCGUUCCGGAUGCGUUCGCUCUUGUUGCAUGAGUUUGAGAAAUCCCGAUAUUCUCAAAAACGUUCCAUCACUCGCUACCGAUUGCGUCGACAAUUUACAUUUAGAAUCAGGUGCGGAACAGGACGUAAAUUUUUACGACAAUAUGAGAAUGAGAGGUGGCGAAAACACAGACGAUAAUCAUUUAAAUAGCAAUGCGGUAUGGAACGAGGAGUAUAUGUGGUACAAAAAUAACAAUUUUAAAAAUCGCAUGAAGGGCGGAAGCGACUAUGGUGCGUCGUACGCAGCUUCCGAAGCGACUAGUGUCAUAUAUGAAAAAAGUAAGGAAACUGGUACUGACUCACCGUACAAAUCACGUCCAAGAACCACAGAUGGAGCGAAGGCGGCAGCGAAUUGCGUUUGUCCGGGGAAGAAUCUGUCGUCUUGGAGAGCGGGAACCUCGACGUGCACGAAGAAACCUUGCGUGGGCGCAGAUUGCAUGAUACGUGCCUUUAAGGAGGCUCAAGAGUUCGUGGACUCCAUUGGCAAGGUGCCAGGUCUGGUAGGCCUCGGCUUGAUGGAUCCAUCCGAGAGUCCCUAUUUCAGAAGGGACAUUGAUAAAGAUUAUGUCGUCCAGGAAACGCCGAGCGAGAGAAAACGAGCAUAUCCCGUCCCGACAUUGCCGAGUUUACAAUGUACCGCCCCUUGCAAUACGCAGAUUAGUAAGCCCGUCGUCAGCGACCCUUCUAUAGCUUACAGUUAUAUGACUUCCAUUACCACAAUGACAGCGGUCCCAGGACGCACCGGUGUCGUACGCGAAGCGAUACCGUCUUUCCCGGAAGCGACGCUAGUCCCGAUCUCCGUCAAGCCGAAGAAGAAGGAGGAUAAAAAGGAAGAAAAGUUGGAGAAGCAGAAGGAGAAAGAGCUGGAAAUUACGUCGACCGCGCUAUCGGACGACGACGUCGGUCCCUGCGGCGAACCAAAAUGCAAAUCUCGCCGAAAAAAACCCCACAGCGACCAUCCGGUGACGACACCGCAGGAAACCGUCGAAGAAUCGCAGAAAUCCUCGAUACCGCCGAGCAUCGGGGUGAAGGGCGUUAGUCACUCCAUCAAAAGACGACAGCCGAAGGGUAAGCUUCCACCUGGUCCGGGUGGAGAUCGCAACGUCGCGAACGAUCUCCAGCCAAUUAAAGUUAGCAAACGCGUGAUGCGUCACAUCUAUUCGAUCGGGAACGUUUAUCCCGGGACUAAUUACGGCCACAAGAACUGCAUCGAUCCGCGAUUGAGGGUGCCGGCUAACAUGGGCUGGUUAUGGAACAUAAGCACGAUGGUAGGCACGCUGAAGUAUCCGCGUAUCGGUUGGAAACCGGGCGCGAUUAGCCGUUUCUUGAACGAAUUGUUGAAGGAGGCUAAGGGCGUUUCCCUGCUGGAACAUAGUCGACCGAGGUUGACACCCUCGCGCACCGGCUUGCGUCGCGGCAAGUUGUACAAGAGCUUGAGCUACAGUUCGCUGAAGAAGGAAGACGAAGAUGAAGUAGAACCGCCGCCCACCCUGCAUAUCCAUCGGAAGGACGGCACGUAUUACGUGACGAUGUAUCCGAUUCGGCAGGAGACCGCGGAUGUGCCGCAGCUUGAAGAGCCGAUGAAGCCGCUCCAGUUCAAGAUAGUACGCAACAAGGACGACGCCUCCGUCGCGACGAGUUCCACGGCGUCAGACAUGGAGAUCGAGUUCUCGCCACCAGCAGCGGUCAACAGGUACCGCAGGAAACCGGACGUGAUUCACGUGGACACUCAGGUCAGGCAGCAGGAGAUCCUGGACGCCUUCAAAUCAACGGUCGACGCACCCAAGAAAAAGGAAAAGAAGGGCAAGAAAGGAAAGAAGUAA